UUAUAGGCUGGUAGUGUUGGGUGAGUGUUUACGGCAGACAUUAAGAGUGUUGGACGCCGGCCUCUCACACUCUCUCUCUCUCUCUCUCUUGAGCCCCACAACCACCACAACCAUAAUAACCUGACUUGUGGCACCACCUACAACCCGGCACCACCGUGACAGUUGUGGACCAAGCUCAGACCCCCAGACAACACCACUGUGGUGAGGAUGCCAGGAUAUUAUGACAAAGGGGACUAUGACUCGAGAGUUGGCGGAGGCGGAAGUGGCACUCGCUACAGAGGACGAGGUCGAGGUCGUGGCAACUACAGCUGGGGAAGCAGAGGCAACAGUGCUGGAGGUGGUGGAAGGGGCUAUAACCGUGGCGGUGGAAGUGCCUACAACAGUGGCAGAUACCGGGGUGGUGGUGGACACGGAGCUUCGGGUGGUUACAGAGAGUCCGGUGGUCAUGACAGAUAUGGCGACUCUCAGAGAUCGAAUGCACAAAUGGAUGUCUGGGAGGAUAUGGGAUCUAGAGAAGCGUGUGAUGGUGGUUACACAUCUCGCAUGCACGCUCACGGGGUGUCGGGUGCGGUGAUGGCUGGUGGCAGCGGCACGUCGGAUCUGAUCGGCUCCCUCAGUCAACUCAGUCAAAUGGGAAAUGACAGAUCCAAGCUGGCUUUAAAUAUCUUAAAUGCUGUUUUGGCCACAGACUCGUCAGUUGGGGAGACCCUGGAUGGGUGGGACAAUGGACCGCCUCCCAGAAAGAUAAGACGCAUGGACUGGGAUGGAAUGCAUCAACCACCUGUGCGCAAGUAUCCCCAGCGUGACCACUACAACCCCCGGCGCACCUGGGAACGCCGCGGAAGAGGCGGCCACGCCUACGGCCCCAGUGAACAUCACGACGGGAAUGAGUACCAAUCCAGGAAAGUGGUAAAGGCCCGGCGUGGUAAGCCCUGGCACGAUACCAGGAGUAGUAAGGGCCCUGCUAAGGACCAGAAGGUGAGGGAUGAGGCAAAAUCAUCAGAUGACCCAGAGGGGGAUAAUGCUGAUGCAGAGGAUGUGGAACUUGCAGCUGAUGCCAGCCUGAGUGAGGCAGAGAAAGUGGCGAAGGAAGUAGAAGACCCCACUAGCGAGGCACCCGAGGCCGACGCACAGGACACCACUGAGGAGCAGACAGAGGAGGUAGAUCAGACUGAUGAAAUCAGUUGGUUGCCCAGGGAAGCUCUUCGUUGCCACAUGUGCAAUCUCUCCAAGUUCCCCGACAUCAAGGCAUACUUGCGACACCUGAAGAGCAGGAAGCACGUCAAUAUGAAGUAUUCAUUCCACGCCAAGGGUGCUGCUGUUCUCCAUUUUUUGAGAGCCGAGUCCAAGCUAGCAUCACAACGAAGAAUGUUGAAGAGUCAGCGACGAGGAAUGAAGGGCCCCGUCAUGCGCUGCCGCAAGUGUCAGUGUGACGUCUUUGGUUACAUACGAGAACAUGCCAAGACAACGGAACACAUUGCGUUGAGGAACUACCUGCGUGUUGAAUGUUGCAACAACACCUACUUCAACAGGGCAGAUCUGGAAGAACACAGACUCUCCCUUCUCCACCUUAAGAAUCAGCUGGAACUGGAGCAGAAACAGGAGGAAGAGGCAACAGAGGACACUGGUGUUCCUGAGAAUGAGGAAGGAAAGCUGCUUACUGAAGCUAUCAAGGAGUUGAAGAAGAAAAGCAAGUCAGCAGAAGUAUUGAAUCCAGAAACACUGUUGCCUUAUGACCCUUCCCUACCCCAAGGAUUAAACUUUAUUUGGAAGAAGAUGCACUACCGGUGUGGGGUAUGUCCUCAGGUGCGCUUGCAGAGUGCCGCGGAGACCGAGGAGCACUUCACGUCUCUAGAUCAUUACAACAACUUGUUGAAUCAUCUUAACAAAGUGGAAGAGGAGAAAGAACUGGAGAGAAAGAGACUCGAAAAAGAGGCUCAAAAGGCAGAACUCGAGAAAAAGAAACGUGAAGAGGAGGAAGCGUUGAAGAAAGAAAAGGAAGCUGAAACAAAGAAGAAGAAUGGGGAACAGGAUGAAGGAGAAGAGAUAAGUUUUGAGGACAUGCACAACAUGGAAACGGUAGACGAAGCGUCGGAUGACGGAGACAUGGACACUAGCGCCGACGUCAACAAUGUAGCGGCCGAGGAUGAAGAGCAAGUUCACAGUGACAAUGGAGGAGAGGAACCACAAAACGGUGAUGUAGAUGAGGAGGAGAUGGAUAAGGAAGCUGAGGAGGAGAUGGAUAAGGAAGCUGAGGAGGAGAUGGAUAAGGAGGCAGAAGAGGAGGAUAAGGAAGCAGAAGAGGAGGAUGAUAAGGAAGCGGAGGAAGAGGAGGAUAAGGAAGCAGAGGAAGAGAAGACUACCUCAAAAUCUGCCAAAGAAAGUCAGUCCAGUGAGAAAAUAGACUCUGAAGUUGAUGAAGAGGAUAAGUGCAGAAUAAAGAUUGAGACACAAACAACAGAGGAAGAAGCGAGUGAAACAAAGGAGUUGGCAAGUAAAACAAAGGAGUUAGCAAGUGAAACAAAGGAGUUAGCAGUUUUAAUUAAGUCAGAGGAAGGAAUAGGCGAGGAAAAUGAGCAGAAGCCGUCUGUGGCAGUGGAGGAAGACACGUCUAGCGAGGCCAAGACCAAGAGUGGCGGAGCAGUGGCUACACCCCGAGCCAGAAGGGGUAGAGGGAGAGGCCGAGGACGCUCCACCAAGAACUAAGUGACGACAACCUUUCUUCAUUUGACAAUAACAGUCACUUAAUAAUGUAAGAGGAAACAAUGGUUCUUGAAGAAAAUGGGCAUCCAAAAAUCUUAAGGUUUGUUUCAAGAAUGAGGUUUAUCUAGGUUUUAUAAUGAAUGGUUUAUUGGAACUUUGUGGGGGCAAUUUUGGUUUCUUAAGGUUUCUGUAAGAAAGCUUAUUAAAGUGAUAAUAGCACUGUAUAUAAGCUUGGGGACUCCAGGAGUGAUAUGACCAAACCAGUAAGGGAUUUUAACUUGUCAGUUUAUAUAGAAUAUCUCUAAACUGGUUGUUGUUUAAGAAAAUGUCAAGGGGCUAAUAUUAAUGAAAAAGUCUGAAUAAUAUAUAAUUUUUGUAACAAAUUUGUAAGUUCAGUCCACUAGCACAAUCCACUUGAGAUCCUCGGAGAAGCUGUUCAUAAUUGGACUAGUCAAUAGUUUAGCAAUAAAUGACCGAGUGAAUGUUUAGCAUAUGCUAUGUGGAACUUGCAAAGAAUUAGUCACUUUGUUUGGAUGAGUGUUAAUUGCAUCUUGUUAAAUUCUUGAUGAUAAAAUUGAAUCAUGAAUAAAUGAUAGAUAAUGAAUGAUUGCGACAGAACUUAACUCGAGUUGGUGUACUCGUGCCAGAAAUUUGACCAUUCACCCAGGCAGGUUGGGUGAAUGUUUUAGUGUGAGGUGUGUACCGAGCUACUUGCUCUGUCUUGUCCAACCCACAGACCCAGUUGUUCCUGGUGCCUGCAGGCUGCACCCUGCACGACUAGUGUGAGGUGUGUACCAAGCUACUUGCUCUGUCUUGUCCAACCCACAGACCCAGUUGUUCCUGGUGCCUGCAGGCUACACCCUGCACGACUAGUGUGAGGUGUUACCGAGCUACUUGCUCUGUCUUGUCCAACCCACAGACCCAGUUGUUCCUGGUGCCUGCAGGCUGCACCCUGCACGACUAGUGUGAGGUGUUACCGAGCUACUUGCUCUGUCUUGUCCAACCCACAGACCCAGUUGUUCCUGGUGCCUGCAGGCUACACCCUGCAUGACUGGCAUAUGGCUUUAAGGGAUGCAAGUGAGAAGUGUGUGUGUGUGCAUGUUAAGUAUGUGUGUGAUUAUAUUAAAUAUGAAGCUGUUACAAAAAUAUCUUACAAUAGUACAGUGCGUACUGCAAAUUUACUUUUUGAUUACAUAUGGUUUCAGUGCACUUUUUAAUACAAAUUUAAUUUCAUGUGUGUAGGCAAGUUUUAUUCAUUCAAAUGAAGGCCAUUUAUCCGCAAUGUUUAGGUUGAGGUGAGUGGUUGGAAGCUAGCAUUGCUGCACAUUGUUAACAGAAUACGUGUCUUCUCUCAUACUUUACUGUAUUAGGACAAGGGGCAGCACCAUCUCUCUCGUCUUAAGUCGCUAAUAAGAUUUCAAUACAAGUUUCCAUCAUCCUAACAGUGAGUUUUCUUGAAUAAAUCCUCACAAUACAAAA